AUGGCGGCGCGGCGGGGCCCGGGGCCGGUGGCGGUGCUGGCAUUGCUGGCGCUGCUUGGCCCGGGGUGGCCCCUCCGCGGGGCCCGAGCCGCGCUCAACCUGCAGGAGCUCAGCGAGCUCAAGUACGGCCUCGAGAUUCUGGCCGAGCCCGUGCUGGCCGGGCAGCACGAGGCUGAGGACGUGGUGACCGUGGCCUCAAGGUUCAAGCAGCGCUAUGAGUGCCGCCUGCCCCCUGCGGCCGUGGGGCCCCCCCCGGGCCCCCCGCGGGAUCCCCGGCUCUACAACGGCUCUGGCGUGGCUGAGCUGCUGCGGCCCAUGGGGACAGCACCCUGCCUCCUCAAGACCAAGGACUGGUGGACGUAUGAGUUCUGCUAUGGGAGACACAUCCAGCAGUACCACCUGGAAGAGUCUGAGAUCAAGGGUGACAUCCUUGUCCUGGGCUAUUACCAGUCUGCCUUUGACUGGGAUGACGAGACAGCCAAGGCCUCCAAGCAGCACCAGCUACGGCGCUACCACAGCCAGAGUUACGUGAACGGCUCCCGCUGCGACCUCACCGGCCGCGCCCGUGAGGCCGAGGUCCGGUUCCUGUGCGAGGAGGGUGCCGGGGACUACAUCGCCCGCGUGGACGAGCCGCAGUCGUGUUCGUACGUGCUGACGGUGCACACGACGCGCAUCUGCCACCACCCGUUCCUGCGGCCGGCCCCGGGGCUGGCACCGCAGCCCAUCCGCUGCCAGCCUGCCCUCUCGCCCGCCCAGUACGUGCAGUACGUGCGUGCCCAAGUCUCUGACACCAAGCGGAAGGUGGAGGAGAUCUCAGAGGAGCUCCGGACACUGGACACACGGCUGUGGAGUGACAGGGACAGUGAGCCCUCCUCACAGACCCCUGAGGGCACCCAGGAUGCUGUGUCCCCUCCUGUGCCAGGGAACCAGCCAGACCCAGCCAAGGAUGUGACAGCUGGGGACCAGGAGGUGGCAGUCACAGCCAGUAACCAGCAGGACAGCACCAGGGAGCCGUCCCCAAGGACAGCUGGUGCUCAGGCAGCUGAUCCACGGAAGAAAAUCCACUUCAAGGUGAUCCGGAGCCCUGGGGACCUGCUGCAGUUCAUCGAGGAGCUGAAGGAGACCACCAGGAAGGCCAAGGAGAAGGCAAGCGAGGAGGAGGAGGCAGCAGCAAAAGCUCCCCAAGCGCCCCCCGGUCCCACAGAGCCCCCCAACCCUGAGGCCUUGCCUGGCCCCGAGCCCCCCCCCACUGGGGAGGAGGAGGAGGAUGAGGAGGAAGAGGAGGAGGCGGGGCCACUGCUGGCAGGGCUGGAGCUGCUGCCACGGGAGCAGGUGGCGAGGCUGAAGGAGGAGGUGAAGAGCCAGAUGGAGCAGGAGUUCGACAGCAUCAUCAGUGAGGUGGAGGAUGAGUUGGAGACCGAGGGGCUGAAGGGGGAGUUCGACCGGACCCGCGCAACCCGGACCCUUGCGUCCACCCUGACCCGGCUGAUGGACCGGCUGGACAGGGCUGACCCUCACCACGACCCCCCCGAGCCCCGCCGUGACCCUUCCGGCCCCCCUCCCGGUCCCGGGAGGAACAGAGAGGAGGAAGAGGAGGAGGAGGAGGAGGGAGGAGCUGCGAGGAAGGGCAGCUCCAGGCUUCCCAGCGAGGGGCGGGUGUGGGUGCAGAUGAGCAGAGUCGGGAACCGCGACACGCCCCAGGAGCGGGAGCCUUCCCGGGGGAAGCAGGAGCCCCCCCGGGAAAACCAGAGCCCCCCGCAGCUGCCGCAGGUGGAGAACGAGGUGCGGGCGUUGCUGGCCAAGGAAGGGCUGCGGGCUGAAGGGAAAAUCGAGAUCAAGAUCGUGACGGCGUCGUCGGGGGGUGAGGAGGAGGAGGCGGCGCAGUGGCUGUCGGAGGAAGAUUCCCGGAGCCUGAAGGAGAUUUUCCUCAGCAUCCUGGUGCAGGGCACGGAGGAAGCACAGAAGGAGCGGCGGCGGCAGCAGGCACUGGAGGACAAUUAUCGCUUCGUGUGGGGGGGUCGUGACGAGCCCCCCCCACCCACUGACUCUGAGGACCAAGACUUCUGAUCCCCCAAAUUCUCGUCCCUCAAAUGCUGAACCAUGCCCCCCAGAAUUGUGGCUCUCUCCCUGCUGUGGGGCUGGGUGGGGACCACCAGGGUCACUUGGGGUGUCCCGGGCCCAGCCAAGUGACCCUGGUGUCCCCCACCUGGGAGGGGCAGGUCACUGUGUCACCCCCCGGGGGACCCUGCCCUGAGAUUUGGGUGCAUUUGUGACACGGAUGAACUGGGAGGUUGGAGGGGGAGGAAU